AUGCCAUAUACCAUCGGCGACAAGUGUCUCACGCUCACUAGUUUUCUCACAGUGGCAGACCGCGAGAUUAUCGUGCAAAACCAGCGUAUUUUCCAGUUCUGUCUCGCCAAAGCGGUGCUCGUGUACGUGUCUGAGCUCUCCACGAAGGUGGUGCCCCUUUACACCGACAUGCUCGUGAUCUACGCUUCACUCUUGGACAAAGUAACAGGGUUCGAUGACGUCACCCUAGUGGCAGCCAAGACCAAAAAUACGUUCGUACAACUCGAGCUGGCCCUAAAGGACAUGGAGGGCCGGACGGAAAAGCUCAAGCAGCUGCCGUUUUCUUACAACGAGGCCGUGAGGCCGCUUGCCUCUCAGGUUACAAGGCUAGUGACUUUGGCGUUCAAAGAAGCGGUAGACCUGCUCGAGGCGAUCGAGUUCUUCUUCAAGGCAUUUGACAACUUGACCAAGCUCAUCAUGCCGAUGUUUCUUGAGCAGACGCGGGACUUUCUCGUCAGCUUCGAGCGUACCCGGCGGUACUUAGAGAUGGAGAUUGACUUUAGGGGGUUUAUGGAGGUGGAUGAGGAUACGCUUGGUAAGUUGAAAAAAGCUGAACGGGUUACGUCUGGUAUCGAGCAGGAAGCCAAGUUCGCCCAGGCUGCAUUCACCACUUUCAACGUGAGCAUGUCGCAUUACACGAAACAGUUGUUAGGACUGGCAAUUUUGCACAGAGACAUUCCGCUCGAGCAAUGCGGGUUGGGCAUCAGACGGACGGUGUGUUACGAGGCGACAAGGUCCAUUCGUGGGAUUCCGCUUGUGACAGAGAAGGACGAAAGGCAGGUGAGCCGCAUUGUAUACUAUGCGGUAGUUAUGGUGAUGGUAAUGGUGAUGGUGGUGUUUUACCGGUUUUUGAAGAUUGUCAGGGACUAA